AUGGCCAUCGACCACACAUUUUCAAUUCAUAGUCAUUAUCUCACGAGAUAUGCUCCGGGUCGAGCCCCAUCAUCCACUCGUCUAUUCCCAGCGCCACACUACAAUGCAAGCUUGGAUCUGGAGACUUUCAAAGGGGGCGAGAAGAUGACGAGCGAAAAUAAUAGUACAAGUAAGAACGGAGGAGCUAAACAGCGGCAGUGCUUGAGGAAUAGCCAAUGUUCGCACAAUAAAAGUCUUAAGAUAGUCAUUAUGCAUAAUCUCUAUAUAUAUCACGGAUUUGUCAUGCGUACGAAGACACCUUGUGCCUCGAUUGACGACGACUUUGCACUGCCUCCAACAUCUAACUCAGGGAAUUUGUAUUCAAAUCAAAAAGUGACAAUGUUCCCAGCACUACCAGGAUAA